AUGUCGCAGCCCACCCAAAACCAUCACGAGGAAGAGGAAGAAGAAGACAACGUCUAUCUCGCUGAAGACGAUGUGGAAGAAGUUCUCGAAGAUGACGGUGGCCGACCUGACUUUGAAGAAGAUGCAGAGGAGGAACAACCUCAAGCGGAGGGAUCAGAGCUCAAGGACCUUGGAGAUGAUCUUGGAAACAUCGAGCUGGAAGCCAAGAGGCGGAGGGUAGUCAGAGAAGAUAAUAGCUGGGGCUCGAUCGCUCUUCAUGACAACCUCAAGUCCAUCUUUGCUCUAUCACUGCACCCCAAGUUUCCCAACCCACCUCUGGCCAUUACUGGUGGCCAAGACGACACCGGUUUCAUAUUUUGUCCCAUCCCUCCGUCGGCAUCGGCAUCAUCUUCCGAAGUAAAUUCUCGAACGUUCCCUCCUGUACGCCUUACAGGGCAUACAGACUCUUUGGCAUGCGCAGCCUGGAAUCAUGAUGGUGAAAUGGUAGCUACUGGGGGCUUGGACGGCCGGGUCAGAGUCUGGCGGAGAGUGCGAAAGAGCAGAGGAAAGCCGCUCACGGACGAAGAGCUGGAGGCCAGAGGCAUGGAGGCUUGGAGAAAUUGGGAGUUUUUGGACAACUUGGAGACCGGAAGUGAGAUCGAGUGGUUGACAUGGCACCCAAAAGGCAAUGUCCUGUCAGCCGGCUGUGACGACGCUUCCGUCUGGAUGUGGUCUUUACCUUCCGGAAACACUCUAAACGUCUUCUCUGCCCACACCAUGCCCCUCACCGCCGGUGUAUUCCCACCGCCCUACAAAAACCUCCUCACCUCCUCCCUCGAUUCUUCCUUAAUCCUCUGGGACCCCCGCUCCACCUCGCCCAUAUGGAAAAUCAACACUUUCCUCCCACCCAACAUCACCACCAUCAACCCGAGUAUACACGGUACCACCUCCAUAGCCGUCUCUCCUCGAGGAGAUAUUGCUGCUGUGGGAGGUGCGAACGGGCUUGUGAAAGUUGUGCAUCUGAUAAAAGGGGAGAUUUUGACGAUUCUCAAGGGCCACAGACAGGGGGAGAGUGUAGAGUCUUUGGCCUUUGUGGACCUGAUACCGGGUGGGGGAGAUGGUGGGAAGGGUCUUGUUAUUGUCAGUGGCGGGACAGAUGGCAAGGGUUUUGUAUGGGAUGUCAUCACCGGUCGAGUCCGCUCCGAGAUCAAUCACUCUGAAUCAAUCACGUCCCUCGCACCCCACCCUGCCCCCAACACACAUCUCGUAACAACGUCUUCCAUAGACGGUACGCUCAAAACUUGGGACGUCCGGACGGGAACGUUGGUGGGAGCACAUACAGGGCAUUCCGGCGGGGUGCUCUGUGUCGCUGUGGCUCCUUUACCCCCGAGCUCAGAGGAAGGCGAGGAAGAGAAGAGCCAGGUUGCCGUCGUCAGUGCCGACGACGAAGGGUACUGCAAAAUCUGGAAAGUGUAG